UCGCAAGCCGUAGCAGACGAAGACACGCAGUCACAGACGCCGUCGCCGACUCGCCGUGCGCCCGUGCCGUCCUCUCUCUGCCUCUGAAGCUCUGCGACGCUGCCUCUCUGUCUUCUUUGGUCGUCGCCGUCCGACCAUCCCAGGCUCGCAGUCAGCCCGUCGCCAGUGCAGUAAGCAGUCUUAGUUUGAGCCGGUGAUUUUGAUCCGCCGAAGAGGGAGAGGAAGAGGAGGAGACAGAAGAGAAAGAGAGAAUCUAAGGAUGUUUUUUCACAUAGUGUUGGAACGGAAAAUGCAACUCCACCCUCGCCACUUUGGCCGAGACCUCCGCGACAAGCUCGUAUCCAAGCUCAUGAAAGACGUCGAGGGAACUUGCAGUGGACGACAUGGUUUCAUAGUAGCAAUCACUGGCAUCGAGAGCGUCGGAAAAGGUCUCAUUCGCGACGGUACAGGGUUCGUCACUUUCCCAGUGAAGUAUCAGUGUGUUGUGUUUCGGCCUUUCAAAGGGGAGAUUCUAGAAGCUGUUGUUACUAUGGUGAACAAGAUGGGCUUCUUCGCCGAAGCAGGGCCUGUACAAAUUUUUGUCUCUAAUCAUUUAAUACCAGAUGACAUGGAGUUUCAGUCUGGAGAUGCGCCAAACUACACAACAUCUGAUGGAUCGGUUAAAAUUCAGAAAGAUAGUGAAGUACGACUAAAGAUCAUUGGAACUCGUGUUGAUGCUACAGAAAUUUUCUGCAUUGGUACAAUUAAAGAUGAUUUCUUGGGUGUCAUCAAUGAUCCCGGAGCAGCUGUCUGAUAAACAAAGUUUCAAAUUCUUUGCCAUAGUUGGUGAUGCUGUAUUGAUUUUCUUGUACGAGGAUAUAUGGAUUG